UUCAAGGUAGUCGCUUUAUUAAAACUUAAUAUUUAUGUCGAAAUACUGCUAUCUACUGAUACACUGAUGAUGGGAAGUGCCAAUAAUAGAUAUUAAGAAAAGGGAAACACACAUUCGAUUUUCUUGCGACACUGUAUGGAAAUUUUGGCGAGCUGAUUGUGUAGCGAACUGGGUUAGAGUCUAAUGGAACGCAAGCUGGAAUUAGACUGCGCCAAUCGCUCUCAUUCGUCCGAAAAUUCUACUGGCUGAAGUUACGCUCAAUGCAAGGGGGUGAGGACGACUACUAGUACCUACUGGCCAGGUUGAGAAAUGUUUUGCACCUCCCAAGGCCCUGAAUCAGCUCAACAAAUAGACGGUGAGUGGCUACCAGCAUUCCUACAGAACGAAACAUUGGAUAUAGGAAAAACACACUCAUGUUUAAGUCCCAAUCGUCAAAUAAUGGCCGCUUUUGGUGGGUCGAAAGAUCGUAUGGGGGAGCAGAUGUGCUGCAUUUGCCUAGAACGUUUUCAGAAUGUGUAUGAUGUUAGGGUCCUACCGUGCAUGCAUACGUUUUGUAGACAUUGCCUUACCCAGAGACUAGGCGAGCCUGACAGAAUACACUGCCCACUGUGCUCUCAUGAGACACCUUUAGGCGAAUUUGGACUCGAUUCUUUAACAUCUAACUUAAUACUAGAUAACAUUUUAGGUGUUGUUGGUCAGGAAGAUGAAAAAGACCCGAAUGAUUUUCAUCUUUGUAAGUCCUGCGAGGACAAGCAACUGGCAACAUGUAUAUGCCGACAGUGUCAGGAACAGCUUUGCGAUCGAUGUGUACGUGCGCACCAAAGAGUACGAAUGACGAAAGAUCACAACAUAUGUCGACUUGAUAACUUCUUCAAUGACCCUAUCCCAAAACGUAGUCCUGGACAGUCACCCACUUACCAUUCAGUUAUUCAGCCAAGUUUUGACAAAACCAUAAGCUAUUGCGAUGUACACUCAAACGAAGUCCUUCGCCUUUACUGUGAUACAUGCUCUAUUGCAAUCUGUCGCGAAUGCACCAUGCAAGAUCAUGGAGGUCACAACUGCGUCUAUCUUCAGGAUGCUGUUCAGAAUAGCAAAACUAUUGCAAAAAGAUUACUCAUGGAAGCGAACAGUAGCAUUCGGACUUUGGAAGACAGCAUUACUUUGGCGCAAAGCAUGGCUGAUAGAGUAGAGAUGCAUUCGCAAAUGAUUGUUACCGAAGUCAAAUCCACCAUCAGGAGACACAUGUCUGCGUUAGAGGAACGUGAGCGAGAUCUUUUAGUGAAAGUUGAAAAAAUUCGUCAAGUUAAAGGAAAAGCAUUAAAUUUUCAAAUGGAAGAGCUUCGUCAAGGAUUGGAUAAGAUAUUGGACUGUGUAAAAUCUGUUGAAGGUGCAAUGCAUGCUGGAACGGAUAUUAAUGUCCUCAAAGCUAAAGAUCGCAUGGUAAAACAAAUGCAAACCAUGAGAGGAUUACAAAAUCUGUUACAGCCUCAUGAAGACGAUACAAUAUUGUUCACGCCACCUGAUGGGGCAUUGCAGACUGCCAUUAGUUCUCUUGGAUUUGUUAGUAGCAGUGCUUACGCUCCAAAUUGUAUUGCUACUGGUGACGGCCUUAAGCGUGCUUUACUAGGCAAAUUAAGUACGUUUCUUGUCCAUGCUAGAGAUCAUAAUGGUGAAGCUUCAUUUGCUGGAGGGGAGCCAGUAGUAGUUGUUGUGCAUGGACCAGAUGGAGGAAUAUAUUCUGCAGAUGUUCUUGACCGUGAAAAUGGAACAUAUUUGAUCAGUUAUCGUCUACAGAGUGAAGGUCCGCAUAGUGUCUCUGUUACCAUCAGAGGACGACAUAUACGUGAGAGUCCAUUCACAGUAAAUGUGAGAAUAGGGCGUAGUUACCAAAAUAUUGGAACGGUACAGAAGGAGUUUGGCUGCGAGGGUGAAGGCGAUGGAGAACUUUGCAGACCGUGGGGAAUUACAACCAAUAAGGAUGGCUAUCUAAUCAUUGCAGAUCGUAGCAACAACCGUAUACAGAUCUUCAACCCCGAUGGUACCUUUUUGCGUAAAUUUGGUACCGCUGGAUCCCGAAAUGGCCAAUUUGAUCGGCCAGCUGGUGUAGCUAUUGAUCCAGAAGAAAAGAUCAUAGUAGCAGAUAAAGAUAACCAUCGAAUCCAAGUUUUUACUUUUGAUGGGCAGUUUAUUUUUAAAUUUGGAGAGAAAGGAAGCAAAAAUGGCCAGUUUAAUUAUCCUUGGGACACUGCGUGUAAUCGUGAUGGUAAAAUCCUUGUGUCCGAUACGCGCAACCACCGUAUUCAACUCUUUAGCAAUGAUGGUACAUUCAUUAAUAAGUACGGGUUUGAUGGCGCUUUGUGGAAGCACUUUGAUUCGCCUCGUGGUGUAGCUUUUAAUCCUGAAGGCCAAAUUAUUGUCACAGACUUUAAUAAUCAUCGCCUGCUUGUUAUCAAUCCAGAUUUUCCAGAUUUUCAAUCCGCACGUUUCCUUGGUUCAGAAGGAAGCAAUAUUGGCCAGUUCCUCCGUCCUCAAGGUGUCUGCGUUGACCAAGAAGGUAACAUCAUCGUAGCAGAUUCUCGCAACCAUCGUAUUCAAGUGUUUCAAUCCAAUGGCACUUUCUUGUGCAAGUUCGGCUGUCCCGGUUCGGCUCCAGGUGAACUCGACCGACCCUCGGGUAUAUGUGUGUCUCCUGAUGGUUACAUAAUUGUUGUUGACUUCGGAAAUAAUCGCGUGCAAAUUUUUUAAUACGGGUAAACAAACAUAAAGCUUUGGUAGAAAUAGGCUUUAUGUAAAAAAAAAAAAAUGUUUGCGUCUACUGUACAUUAUGAUAUGCACUUCUGUUUGGCACGCUAAAUGUAUGUAUAUUAUUCAUGUGUUUUGUGUAUGUCGGAUGCUCCAAGCAUUGAAAUUGGCCUGUCAGCUAUUGAUGAUGUGUAAAAUUUUUAAUGCCAAAUACAGUAAAAGUUUGUUGCCAAGUGAAAAGAAAUAAUGCAACGAAAAAGUGUUGUUGUUAAAAGAUUUUUGCAUUUUACUCAGAAAUGUUAAAAUAUAUAUCUACCUCAGGUAUUCCGUGGUUAUUACAGAAAUGCAUAUCAUAGACGUGUUUGUCUCUCAGGGCUUUGUUGUGUAUAGUAAAGACAUUGCACUCUAUAUGUGAUCUAUAUAUAUAUUAAAAAAAAAACUUUUUUCCCAAAUUGCUGCAGUAACUAAGACGAUUUUAUGUCCUGUAAUUUUUUUUUUGCCGUUAUUGAUGCCAUGUAAAUUUGUGAUUUAAUCAAACUACAAAUAGAAUUAGGAAUGAAAUGUAAUAACAUAAAAUGAUAGUGUGAAUUUGAAUGUUUUUUCAAAAGUAUAGUUAACACCAUCCUCUUUCUUUAACAAAGGUAUUGUAUAAGUGUCCCAUAUUUUUGAAUGUUUAUUUACAUUUUUUCCAUGAAGAUUACAAUCUACCUCUAAAAAUAGACCCUUAUCACUUUUUGAAAUAGGUGCUAACAAUUAUAGUCAAAAUUCAAAGAGUAUUCUAUCAAAUGUUGAAAUUAUGGUCAAUUUUUAAGCCUGUUUUUGUUAUUCUUAUUCUUCCAAGUCCACAUUGAAUAUUAUAUUCUGAUUAUCAAUAUCAUACCUCAAUCAAUUACCUCAGAUUAACUAUUAGAACCGCCUAGUCGAUAGUAGAUUUUACUAGUUUUUAAAUCAACUUAAUAAUUUUAAACCGUGUUAUGAAAUUUAAAUAUCAAUGUAUGAACUUUGGGCAAAAUUUGUUUUCAAAUUCACUCGUAGUUCUAAAAACCAUGUUUUCAAUUUUUUUUUUUUUUUUUUAGACCAUGUUAUUCAGGUCAAGGGUCAUUUUAUGAUUCACAUACUUGUCAUGGUUUAGCUUAUGGUUUUAUUCUCGGGAAAGAAAUUCAAGAGUGCUUUUUACUGUAAUUGCCCUGGGUUCAUUAACAGUUCAAACCCAUCCAGAACUAGUGAUUCCAUGCUGUUUUCCCACUUUGCCAUCAUCUUCAAAUGUAAUGUACAUGGAGUCUCCACUGACGUUCUCGGGACAUGCUUGGUUAACUUCAUUAAAUAUCAUCUUUGAGAAUCAUCCAAAUAAAUAAUAAAUAUCAGUAUGAAUGGUUCCAUCUCAAACUUUUAACCUCGAUACCGGAAAUCAGUUCCAUAAUAACUGUCAUUGGUGAUAUUACUCAUUUUUACUGAACUCAGGAAAAAAAUUAUUCAUUAGACCUCUACUAUUUUUUGUACAUUCUUAUCCUUUUUAGCUAAAUUAACUUACCUCCGUCAAACAGUAACGUUUUCUGAGAGCAUAAAUGACAAAUCAAACCUUCCCAGUUGUGGUACAUUUAUGUAAAGUGUAAAAAAAAGUUGUGAUUCAUGAUUCAAAAUCAUUUUUUUGUGUUGUAAUUUGUGGUUCAAAACAUUUUCUAUUUUUUUGGGUUGGAAGUUCAAUUUUUUCAUUACUACCAGGUCCGAUUUUAAUUCUAGUGACUUGGCAGUAAUUUAAAUGCCCUGUACUGAUUUUGAGUCAGAAAAUUCAAUGAACACUAGCAUUCUCAAAUUGAAAUAGAUAAAAAAAAGCUUGGCAAAUUUUUGUUUAUAUUCUGGAUUUUGUUUUGCAUUCAAACAUUGGGAUUAGCAAUGUGAUUAUGGUACCUUUACACAAUAUCAAUACAGCAAAUAAAGAACCCCAGAACUAAAAAACCAAGCUAACAAUUGAAAGCAAAGAAAAAUUUAAUCUCGGGCCAAAUUAAGCAAAUGCAGUGCCCAAGGAAUGUCGUCAGAAUCAAAUUAGGGAUGAAACUACAGCUAGACUGAUUUAGAAGCCUUGCAGUUUCAGUACAGAUAAUUGGCCCAUAUUAAGCAAAUCAAAUUCUUGUUGAUUUAUACCAGCUAGAAUUUAGAAUUUCGUAUUUUUAUUUUUUGAAAAAUCAUCUGGCUGUCACAUUAAUGAUUUAAAUAUUUUUUUUAGAUGUUUAUUUUUUGAUGUAGUGGACCGAGAUUUACCCUCAGUUUCUAAUUAUCAAAAAAAAUAUGGCUUUUUGAUGUAAAAAAAUAAAUCAAUCAACUACCACCAUUAUUAAAAGUGCCUUCUACUUGAUGACAUCAUGUUUGUAAAAUGCAACACAUCAACAUUAAUUAUAUAUAUUAAAACAUGCCAUACAAUUGAUGAUGGGAUAAAAGCAUGAUCUGUUUCAAGAAAUGUUGAAACUCAAUUCAAGAACCUUGAUUUAUUUACAUAAACACAUAUUUCAACCAAAGUAUCAAAAAUUAAAAUAUAUCAAAUAAAUGUCCCUCAUUCCAGAAAGGGGAUAAAAGUAAUGUAACACAUGAAUUUGUUGCCAUUUAGUAUAUUGUAGUUUGUUUACAAUUUUGACACCCCACCUGCAUAUUUAAUUCUUAGACAAAUUUUGCUUUUCCGUGUGAAUAUUAUCUUAAAUAAAUGGAUGUUUGUGUUUUUGUUUAUUGUAAACAGAGGACUUUUAGUAUGGCCAUCAAGUUCAUGAUUGAAAAUCUGUUGUGUAGAGGUUCACUGAUAAUACAGUACGCUGUACUCCAUCAAGCAAAAACCUAAAAAGCAGAUAUUAUACUCAAUAUAUUGUCCUCCCAACAUUUUUUUCAUUAUGCAACUAUAAAUCAGAAGCAAGAUCUUAACUAACCAAUCAAAUACAAUGUUUAAAUUUGUCCUUAGUUAAUUUAUAGUUGCUAAUAAUGGACACAUUUUUUUCAUUUCUUUGUCCUAAAAAGGACAAAAUAUUGAAUCAAAAACAGUUAUCUGUUGUAGUCUUCUUGAAUUGAGAUAAAACGAUUUUCAAAUUACUCUGCUUCAAAUCAGUGAACUCAAUCCAAAAUUGUAAAUAUUCAGUUUGUAAUGGACAAGCGUGUUAAAGGUCAGAUAAUUAAUAAUUAAUUGUUCGUCGUCUUUAGUAUUAUUUUAUUAUAAAAAAUCAAGAACAUUGUGUUUUCAGUAUACUAGUAGAGUAGCGACUCUUUAAACUCAUUGAUAAUAUAAUUCUGGCUGUAAAUUCAAGGUUACAUACAGAGUUACAGUUAUUAGCAUAUUGCAUAGUAAUAACACCUAGUGUACUAGUAAGAAUGCCCAAAUAUUGAGUUCUAAUUUAAGUCAUAAUGUACCCAAUAUUUUUAUUUCAGUGAACGUUAUAAAGCAUGAUAACAGUCAGUAGUGGUUGGUGGCAAGAUGACAAUUCAUGUUCUUGUAAUAAUUGUAUUCUUACAACUGGCCUGCAUUUGUUUUUAACGAUUAGCCUUCAGUUGGUCAGCUUUUAUGAUUGUGUUGUGGGUAGAUAAUGAGUGGACAUUGAACCAUGCAUUUCUAUGGACAAACUCGAAAGGUCAGUUGUUCAAUGACAAAAUGCGGAAAGGUUUAUAAACUAGCAAUAGCGUAGUAGUAUUGUACAUCACUGUGCAUCCAUUUAUUUAUUUUUUUCAAACCAAGGUCAGUUCCUGGACAAAGAUUAAAAGCAAAUUACUCCCAACAAUUCCACUGUAAAAUUACACAGGUUUAUGCACCCAUUCUUAUGUAAACCGAUAUUACAAAAUUGUGUUCAAAUUCGGGAUCUGAUAAUCAGCUGAUAAAGAUAAUAUUAAAUUUUGUCAUCAUCUAACUACUGUAUAUUUAAAAAGUAAAAUUUACAUGUCCUAUCUGUAAUACUACGGUAGGCAGGCAUAUGCUUCAAUUUUUUUGCUUGUAAUUUUUCAUGGAUAAUCCGCUCAUUAUGCUUCUUUUUCUGGAAUUAAAUUUUGAGUUAUUCAUUGUGGGAUUAAUUCAGUUUAACCAUCAUCAGUUUUACUGAUGAAAAUAUAUAUUUGCAUCAAUUCUUGCAUAAGAUAAAUAGAGGUACAGUAGAACUCUGCUAACGAUUGAUAAAGCAUUUCAACCAUUUGCAUUUUUUUCCUGUUUGGCCAAGCCUCGUCUGUAAACCUCAUGACUUUUGAGCAGAAUUAUAUUUUGACUGCGUAAGCAGUUACAUAACUAUAGAAUUUUAUAGUUCAAUGAUAAAGAUAAGAGAGCCCUGAUAAGGAGAAUAUAAUGUACUAUACUACCAUAUGGAGCAGCUCCAUGUACUUUGAUAUCUAGGCCCUAUACCAGCUUACAGUACUUAUGAAGAUGCUGGUAGAAUGAGGCCUGCUCAAGUAUCUGACUGGACUGGUUCAUGUGAGAGGCAGGCUUCUUUCUGUAUUCCGUGGUGAUUGUCAUAAAAUUGGUUUUGUAAUUGUCUUUGCUCUUUACAUAUAGAACAAUUUUUCAAUGUUGGUGAUUAUGCUGUACUGGUAGGAGAAAGCAUGUUUGACAACCUAUAGUUAUAUUUUAUAAUAUUUUCAGUGUAUUAAAUAAGCAAUUUAUAUAUGACAUUAUGAAUAAACAAUUUGCUUGCGAACAUUUUUAUUCAACCCAUCUACAUAUUCUAUAAGGAGAUCUUCAAUUUCUCAAAAGAAUGCUUUUUGAAUCCUCACAAAUGCAAAAAUUUCUGUUUUUUUUUUUUUUAAAGAAACCUUUGCUGUAAAUCUGUUCUGUUUUUUUUUUUUUGUUGUUUUUUUUUGUAAAAUGAGUUGUAUUAUUAGAAUGAUAUUUCAUGGUUUGUGCUGGUCAGUUAUUGUUUUCUCAAAUUAUGAGAGUAUGUUAUAUGUUGAAGUUAGUUUUUAUUAUUUAGAGAAGGUUUGAAAAUCUUAAUUUUGGAGAUUCUGGUUGUCCUGUGUAGCUGUUGGUAUACUGUACUGUAACAGAAUAUAAAAUCUAGCCUUAUAUUAUGGCUGUGUGUGCUCGAAGCUCUUGCUGAAAAGCUUAUAAAAUUACAUAACACUUUGAGAUACAUUGUCACUAUUGUCAGGGAAAUUAUCAGAUACCUUCUACUGUAGUAACUAUAAUGACAAAGUUUAGCAAUCUAAAUUGAUUAAUUUUAAAAAUUGUAGAUAUAUUUUAAUAAUAAAUAGUAAAAUAUUAAAAAUACAUGGCUUAAAGGGUGGUGAUUAACAUUACUACUUGUAUUUUUGUGCCUAAUCAUUGUAGACUUAAGAAGUAGUAAUUGUAAUUUUGACGUGUACUCUUGUAAUGCCAUGAAAUGGUUUGAUGUAGUUCUCUGACCCCUUAACAAGGCUAGUUUAUCAGCCUUUGUCCUGCUUGCAUACACACUUGACUUCCUUUGGUCAGGCUGAAAUUCUAAGCUGCCCUGCCUUGAAUGAGUCAGCCAUUGGCCUAGCAUGUCCAUUCCAAAUGGGACUAAAUGCUUUCUUGGUGUUUUUUUUUUUUUGCAAGGUUCUUAAUAGCUCAGUGUCCUUGGUCAUAAUUCCAGUAAUUUGCGCAAGAGCACAUUCUCGCAGAAAUUGAAUCUUUUUGGAAAAGUGACAGAUUCUGGCUAAAAAAAUUUGUAGCGACCUACAUACAGGAUAAGAAAAAGUAAAAAUUCAGUUGGUUACAAGCUGCUACCAAUUCAUGGAAUAUUCUCAUUCUCAACUGUAGGUUGCAUCAACAUAUUUAUCUCAGCAUGUUAUUUUUGUAGACAUUUUCAUCUAAUACUGGUAAUUAGGUAUGCAUUCUCUGUCUGCUAUUCAUCAAUAAUUCUCUUACAAAAAAGCAAAUUGGAAAUUCUUAACUCUUGAGUUAAGUAGUAUUUUGUUGAUUCUUUUUUACAAAUUUAUGUAAUUGUUGGGAUCAUGUCAUAGACAUGUGUAUACAGUGUUUAGCCUUAUCAUUGGCAACAUUUAUUGGUUUCUUUACAAAAUUUAACACUUUUCAUGCCCUGUUAUAUAAUAAACAAUUAUGCAUUUUGAUGGAUUUCAGUAGGCAAAAAAAAUUUUUGGUGCUUCAUUUUAUUGAUGCUGGCAAAUGCUAUGGUAGAUAGUGCAGGGAAUGUAGUUUAUACCAGAAUAUACAGUAAACAUUUAUUCAUUACGUAUUUACAGUAGAUUGAAUAAAGCUGAUUUUUGAGAUUAUUAUGGGCAUUAUAAUUUGCUUUAUGCAAAACUCACCUCUUCUUAAUCUAUUACACAAUGAAUACACUUUAUAUAAAUAUAAAACUGAAACAUUAUAGUUCUGAUUGUGCUUUUAAUUCCAUAAUAUAUAUUUGUAUAAAUUUAAUAGAUACUUUAAAUAUUUUAGUUGUGUUAUGGGUUAACGCAUAUUAUAUUUGUUUAUCAAUUUUUGUGUCUAAUAUAUUUAUUUUUGUUUCAAUUCUCAAUAAUUUCUGUAGCAAUGUAUAUAAUUAUAAUAGCGAUCCAGCUUUUGGGGUACUGUGCCUAUUUUUUCAGGGAUAUCAAAGAUAACACCAAUUACCUCAUUUUUAUAAAUUAGUUUUUUUACUUAAAAAUAUGUCAAAAUGACAGGUUUUUCGUUUUCCAAAAAAAAAACGAUUUUGUGGUAAACGCUCUGAAAUUAUGAUUUCGUGCUGUUGUAAUAUUUUUUAGAUGCAUGUACUUUCUUGUUGGCUUGCUACCUUAAAGGUUUGUCGCUACAUUCAUUCAUACUGCCUCACGAAAACUUCAGUUGAAAGUUCCCUUGUUGCUUCAAAUGGUCUCAGACCAAUAUUGAUCUUAAUGUAUAGAUUUUAUCAUAAAAAUGAUUAUUAAAUCAAUGUUAAUGAUGUUGUUAAACAUUAUCUGUAAGAUAAGUACCGACGUAUCUGUGAGAUAAGUCAAGAGGAUGUUUUCCUCGUAAUAUGCAUUGUAAAAUUCAGGGAAAAUCAAAUUGCUAUGUAUGUAUAAAUAAUAGAACUUUUAUUAGUCUUAUAUUAGAACUGAAUGGCAUCUUGUGUAUGUUGUGUACUCAUUAGAAUGAAACUGGAAUUCACUGAAUUGAUAUAGAGUAGAUAAUUUUUCUGUUUAUGUACACUGUAGAUAGUAACAUGUUUUCAUAAUUUCUUAUGUUUACACAGGAUUUGGUCAAACAUUAACAAAUUCUUGUGGCCUUCGAUAAGUAUGGUUUGCAAGAUAUACCAUUCUGAAAUUUAAUUCAAACCAAGAUGACUUUACUGAUAUCAAAUACUCAAAAAGCGUUUGAAUCGACAAAUAUAUCAAAUAGGAAAUCGGUACUGGUACGAUGAAAAUUUUAGGUAAUGGAUGAAUUUUAAUGAAAUACAAUAAUGAAUUUGUGUCGAUAUGAGAAUAUUUAAUGUUGAAAUAAAAUCAGUUGUACGAAGUAAAAAAAUUAUGUCUGACAAAUGAAAUUUAUGUAGUUAUAAUAGAUUGGUAAUUCCUGAAAAAUAAAAUGUUUGGUGGGUUUUGUUUUGUUAACAUUUGUAGGAUAGCAGUAGUUUUGUAUAGAGUUUAAUGUAUAGAUUAAAUUGUUGCUUUUUUGUUAUAAAGAUUCAAUGUGUUAGUGUAGUGUGCUUCAGUUUUCUUUUACUGAUGUAUUGUGAAUGGAUUAAAACAAAAUAUGAUUGUUAUGUAUUUCAUGUGAUUGACUAUGAAAAAUCAUAAGAAUGUUGAAAAUAAAGCUCUGUCUGUAUGUUUAUUUUA